AUUAAAAGAAUGUGUGAUGAUUCUCGAUACAUUUUGGAUGAGUUAUUUGGGAAGGAGAGAAAUGUUGUAGCAAGUAAGAGAAAGAAUGAUGCUCACUAUUGGAAUGAAGAUGUGUGUAAAAACAUCUUAGUUUCUAAAUGUUUUAACGACUUAUGGAAACAUACAAAAUAUGAUCAUGAGGGAGAGUGUAGCAAAAGACAUGAUCAAUUCUUUAUUAAUGAAUUUAAUUGUGAUCGUAGUAUUAAGAAGUAAUAGAGAGAGAAGAAAUACAUUGAAGAGGCAAUAGGUUUAGUAUGAACCUGAUAAUUAUGUUAGCUUACAUCCAAGACAAAUUGAAGGAAGUAGACAAGAUCUUGACUAAACAUGAAGAAUAAGUUGAAUAAUCUAGUAAACUAUAAGUAGCUGAUCGACCAAAAGAGAUCCAAGAUAGACUUGACAAUAUGGAAAGAUAGAUCAAUCUCUUGACAGAUCAAUCUGAAAAGAUGGGAGAAUAAGGUAAGAUUGAAGAAUCUGAGAGAUUGAUCAUGGAAGCAGAUAAUCUUAAAAAAGCCAGAGAAGACGUAUUACUUGCUUAUGAGGGUACCAAUAAUCCAUUUAAAACUUAUAAAAUAUGUGAGGUGUGUGGAGCAAGAUAAUCUCUCUAUGAGACUGAAAACAAAGUCAAGUAUAUUUUAUUUCAUUAUAAUCAUUAGGACUCAUCUAGAUGGGAGAAUUCAUCAAGGAUUUUCUACUAUCAGAGUUGAAUUAUAAAAAUUAUAAUAAAGAAGACUUCAAUUAGAAAAGAUUCUAGAUGAAGAGGCUAGAAAAUAAGAAUUUAAGGAGGAUAUUGCUAAAGAUGUUUAAUUGGAUAAAGAAAAACUUAUUAAGGAUAAAAAGGAAAAAGAAAGAUCUAGAAGUAGAGAUGUUUCAAGAGAUAAAAGUAAGAAAAAAAGCAGUAAAAAGAAAAAGGAAAAGGAGAAAGAAAAAGAAAAAGAAAGAAGUAAAUCAAGAAAGCAUAACAAGUAAAAAUAUCUAUUAAUGUAAUUUAGGAAACACCAUAAACAUUGA